AUGGGCAAAAGUGUUGGUUACCAUAUAGUUUACCCUCCUGGCUGCAAAGAGUUGAAUGAAUCACUCAAGGUUGAUGAAUUACGUCGGCGGUUGAACGACCUAAGCAACAGUUUCGACCAGAUAAUCGAAGAGGAAUCAUGUGAAGCGGACUCCACUUACGAUCCGGACAGCUCUACUCAGCCUGCACAGCACGAGAACCUGAAAGGCCUAUUCCUUCUCUUGGUGUCACCGGAAUAUACACAGCAUGCUGCCGUUGAUAUUCAACUUCGUGUCGGUGUUUGUGUUUGCAAAUUGCUCAAGAUAUUUUGUCCCAUUAAUCCGUUCUCGGGAAUGCUAGAGGAAAGAUCCUUCACUAAGAACACCCUACUUUUCAUUCUAGCUUGCAUCUCUCAGUUGUCAAACGUGAAAAGCAAAAGCGAUAUCACGUAUCCAAAAUUACAUACCAUCCUAUAUAUUGAUGUAUUUCUGUGGUGUGCAUCGUUGGAGGACGAAGCAACUUUAUUCGAGUGCAUCAAAACUGUAUUUACCAUAGUGAAAAAUCUCAACGUUUGGGCCUGGACCGAACCUACUAUAAUUCGUCAAAUGCUACUCGAUAUGGUGGUCAAGGUGGUUGCUCAAGCAGAAAGUCUGUUAACGCCAGAGAUCAUAACGUACAUCUUGGAAUUGCUUAUCGAACCUGCUCGAACCACACAGCCGGAGCAACAUACGUUUGCUAGGGAUUUGAUUAUCCGUACAACAAAUCAAUUGGAGUAUCAUAUACAAAUGUUGUUACAAAAUGCUCUUAUUGCUGGAGGCUCGGAAAAAGCCAGGGAACCAGUCCGGCCUGUCGAACCGAAACCGACAUCCAAUGGUGAUGUGGAUAUUUCGAGUGAUUCAGACACGAAUUCGGAAAUUCACGACCCUAACCGUUCCAAUCCUCUGGGCGAACACACAUUCCUCGUUAUCUACGCAUUGCACACAAUCCAAGAAAGUUUGGUGGCACCUAACUCCUCACUUCACGAAAAGAACCCCAGCCUAUGGGAAGCAUUUUUGGGUCGAUUCAAUGACAUCGAUAAAGAGGUCCGAAAGUUGUGCGUACAUAUGGUUCCGCAGCUGAUGAAGAAAAAUCCGGAUCUGCCAAUAGACCGUCUACUCACUUGCUUCAAACAGCGUGCUUAUGAUCCUGAAGAAGAUGUGCGUCUGCUUGUGUUGCGCUUGGUGGCAAAUUUAGUCAAUGAGUCUACGGACGACGUGAAUGAGUCCUUGUUCGACUUGCUCAAAGAGCGUUCGCGUGACAAAGACCUAGCUAUUCGCAAAGAAGCCUUGACUGCUCUCGCCACUAUUUACAAGCGUUGUUUGCUAUCGGAGCAACCGUCUACGGAAAAGCUGGAAGCGGCUUUGAAUACCAUUUUGCACAUGUACUAUCUGCCGUCGGUGGACGAUCGUGUUACUGUUGAGCGCCUUUUCAAAAGUUCCAUUGUACCUUAUCAUUUGGAUACAACAGGCAGGGUGCGUGCCCUGUUCAUUUGCUAUAAAUUGCUAGACGAAGCUUCGAUUCGAGCCAUACAGGAAAUGUUCAAGGUCCAAUACUCUGCAAUGAACCUGAUGCGUCAAGUUGUACAUAUUCUAACGACCAAUUUGGGCCGAAAAAUUCCUGAUGAAUCCGGCGUAGAAUUGAUGGAUCGAAUAAACCAUCUGGCUAAUCUCUUGCCAAAAUCGGAGAAAUCUGUGGAGCAUUUGAAACGAUUCUUCAAUCAUGCGCACUCAGAUAAGGCAAUCCUGGGUCAACUGACCAAACUAACCAGACCCGGUUGUUCUUGCGUUCAAGCGGCGAAUAGUAUGCGCGAAUUGCUCAAACGCCUUUCACCCACUUCUGGCAGUACAGGAACCUCUGAAAGCCAGAUGAAUUAUGCACGCAGCUGCAAAGUGCUUUUGGAGCGAUCUGCUCCGGUCUUGUUUGACAAAGAUCUUGGUCAGGAACUGCUCACCCAAUUGGUUCUUGUUAGAGAAGCGCGCUCCUCAGCUGCCGCAGCUUGUCGUCUGGAUAUUGUACGCGGACUGCGCCUACUUUGGGCACUGGCGGUAUAUUUUAAGAAAAUUCUUCCCGCGACUGAGGUACUGGAUUAUGUCAUCACCGUUAUGGAAGAAUCCAAGGACGACACACACGAAGCCAGUCUACCAAUCGGUCUGCACAAUACUACAUCUAGUACUGCAUCUAGUCCAAUCGAAUCUGAUCCACCUGCGGUACAAGAAUUAGCUUUGAACAUUUUGUGUUGCGUGUUGGAUGGAUCGUCAAGCAUUGCUUCUCAGGGUUUGGCGAAUGGCACAUCGUCCGACACAGAUGGUACACGGGAUCCCCGUAUCAAUCCGCCUAUCAUGGGUACUGAGGCACAUUUUGCCGGUUCCGAAUCACAUUUGCUUCUGCGUUCUGAUCAGUUAUUGCCGUUACUGUGCGACUUUUGCUGUCACGGCCUAACUGUAAAAUGCCCACCAGUGCCCGUGCCAGGAACUAAUCAAAACACCCCGUCGAACCCGAAUGGUGAUUCCACCUCGAAUGCAACUCGAGCGGCUAAAAAUAAAAAUGCACCACCAGCCACUGAUCAGAUAAAUCAAUCUCCUGCGAACAACCUGCCCGACAUGUCGAUGUAUCGUGCCGGUUUAGCUUGGCGUCGAGAGCGCCGUCGCGCGAAAUUAUCCGCCAGAGCUUUGAUCUGUCUCUACCGGAUCGCACAUAAAUCUUCUAGUCCACGAUCAAAGAACCUAAAUAAAAAUUGUGGAUCCGUGGGGCAUAAAUCGGAUGAUCUUAGCUCAAUGGAAGGUGACGUGGAUUUAGAUAUUGAUCCUGAGGAAUUUGAUGAAACUGAAUCACUGUCGGAACCCCGUCCUGCCACUAAAUUUUCUUCCCGUGUUCAGCGAGCUCUAGAUGAGGUUGUGGAGGUAUGUUUAAGUUGUUCAAUCGAUUCUGCUCACUAUGUAACCUGUUUGACGAGCCUGAGCCGAAUCGCACUUCUCCUGCCAAACGUUUACAAUCGGCAGUUUAAGAAACUUAUCACAAAAUCCCUUGUGCAAGAAGUCCUCGUUCGGCAAUCGACCAAUGCCGAUCCCACAUCCGUGAACACCUCAAACGCGUCCAAAUCUCCACCAAAGUCCGGUCGAAAUUCCAUCAAAGCACGUUUGACAUCGUUGAGUACCUGGCUCCCUGAUGGUUGUAUUCCACAGAUUACACGAGCCAAAAUAUCCGCACUCAAACUAAUGGCCAGUUGGCUCCGGGGAUUGAAAAAUGAGGUGAAACCGGUUGCUCAGGCGGUGAUUCGUCUGUUGCAUCGAAUCAUCAUUCAUGAAGGUGAUCUGACGCGAGAAGGAAAUUUGUCUCCUGGAGAAAUGUCGCGAAUGCGUCUCGCCGCUGCUACUGCAUGGCUUAAAUUGGCUCACUCUCAGAGCUAUGCUGAGGACAUAGAAGUCGAUUGGUAUCAAUCAAUGACCUACGUUAUUUGUGAUCCAUGUCCCUUCAUCCGUUCACAUUUUCUGACCAAAUUGAGCCAAGGUCUAAUGUGUUUACGACUUCCACUGGAGUAUAUGGCAAUGUUCGCUCAUGCAGCGGAUGUGCCCGAUGCAGCGUUCAAACAGCGUGCAAAACAGCUAUUGGCUAGCAAUGUGCAACGUAGGCGGGAUUUCCUUGCUCGUCAUCCGACCUACAUGAAUGAUGCUAAAUUCCUCUACGGUCUCCUCCCGGACUUUGUGCUUCCCUACUUGAUCUAUCUGCUUUCUCACGAUCCUGAAUGGACCGACCCUAAUGAUAUAAACCGGCUAACUCGGAUUAAAAGUGCACUGUGGUUCGUGAUGGAGCCUAUCGUUAAUCGAGGACAGAAUUUUACUUUUUUGAGAAAAAUUAUCGAAAAGAUAAAACACACUCGGGAUGCUUUGGCUCCAGAAGAUUCCAUUGCUAAUCUGAAACUGUAUACUGCUUGUGACAUUGCUCUCGGGCUGUUACUCACUCGUUGUCCCAGUUUGACCAUCAAAGAGUACCCGGUGGAAGUUAAACUGCCCAGGUCGCUUUUUACAGCGGCUCCAGCCUCAUUCCGUAAUCCAGAUUUCGCACAGUUGCUGGACACAAGCGAGAACACUACUCAUGAUCAUGUUCCACCGGUCCUCUUGGAUUCAGCUGCGGCCGCUCCCGGGAAAGCACGCAUUCAGUUCACUCCGGUUAAACAUUCACGAGUCCUGAAGGAAGGUCUCAUGCCUUUGCAAUUGCUCAAAGGAAAGGCCCCAAACCCCAUUGAUAACAAACCACAAACACAAUCAGAAACCAAAUCUAGUCCUACGAGAGCCGAUGAUAUUCUGGAACCUGUUGUACAACCGGCACCAACUCAACGACAACAACAACAAGCAGGACGCCCUAAAACGAUUGCAAAGAAACAAACUAAACUGAUUACCACUGUGGUCGUCAGUGAUCCCUCCGUCUCCAGUCAGAUUUCGAACCAACUUGUUGAAUCAUGUCAACCAUCCACAUCCUUAGCCGUGACGGACAAUGCGAACGCUUUGAACAGUCCAAAGAAACAUACACAAAUUGUGCUCGGAACCCCAGAAAUUGAGUCGGACAAC